AUGAAGCUCUUCACCGUCGUCAAGUUCCUCUGCCUUGCCACCAUGGCGACAUCCCUGGCCAUCGACACCCGUGACACUCAAGACCUCAACACCCGCUCCAAGACACUGGUCAAGAAGUCCGACAAUAUUAUGGAGAGGGCAGCCGGUGCUACCUGUAACAGUCCCUGCGAAACUGACAGUGACUGCACGGGCAUCUGUGAGGUUUGCAGAAUGGGAUCCCAGCACAAGAUCUGCACCAAGCUGCGAUAG